AUGGCUUUCAAUGAUGUGGAGACAUCUACAUCUCUGGGGUUCAAGUACCUUUACCACCCACCCCACACCUUCACAUCCUUUGUUCUCUCACCUUGUCAAACCAUGAUCUUUCCACCAGGGCAGGUUUAUGCAUAUGCGACAGUUUCUCUGGAAGGCGAUACAGUCAGCCUGGGAGCCAUUCUGAAUGGCUUGUUCUUUCUGGCUGCUGGAUGCAUGAAGUGCUCAUGGUUCUCGAGCUGGUUAGAUAGAAGCUCCAGCAACCAAUCUACAAGCGAUGGAACAAUGGUGGCAACAUGUCUGAUGGCGAUGGUUUGGCAGGCUGUACUCGCCUUGACCUCUACUCCACUGAAACAGGUCCUUCACUCCCCAGACAUCCUCAACCUCUGCGUGUUGGCCUUGAUGACAAUGAUGUUCAUUGGGGCUCAUGAACACAACACCCUCCAAAUGGCUCAAGCUUUAUGUUGUCAUUGCAAAGAGCAGGAACUGAACACCUUCGAUGUUCUCUUGGAGGAGUUUUCUGACCUCAAGAUCGUGAAUUGUGCAUGGAAUCCUGAAGAGAUGGAUGCACAAGAGCACGAGGAAUGCCAUACAAAGAGUAUCUCCUUUCGCAAGAACAUGUUGGAAGCGAUCGAACACAUUGUUCCUGAGCCUGGGGAUGAGUAA